UCCGAGACUUACAGCUUACACGGGCCACAGUACUGUUUUCUAUCGGCCGUGGAAGACUUGACUGCAUGUCUUGAUGUCGUUGAGUGUAUAUGUGGCAGUGUUUUAUCUCGUCGAAACCAAGAAGAAAACGUUGAAGUAACUAUGACAAUGGCCCAGAAAGAGAAACAAUAUUUUAGAACAUAUUUUGAAGAAAUAAGUACCACAAUGGGUUUAGUGGGUGAUGUAAAGGAAGGUUCUGUUGCCAUGGAAAUUGGUGCCCCAUCAUUGACUGAUUUGAAAAUCUGCACUGAUCUGCUGAGUAAAGCGACCCAACACAGACUGUCUUCUGAAACUGGACAUUUAUUUCAAUAUGGCUGCACUCAAGGUGACAGUAAAUUCGUAAAGGAAAUGACAAAGUUUUUAACAGAAAAGUAUGGUGAUGAAGUGGACAGUGAUGAUAUACUGGUGACAGGUGGAGCUACUUCUGGUCUGUACUACAUGACUACAUUGCUGUUUAAUAGAGGUGAUAUUGUAUUUGUGGAAGAUCCAACGUAUUUUCUUGCCAUUAACAUGUUAAGAGAUGAUCUUGAAUUGCAGGUGGUUCCAGUGCCAACUACUUCGGAGGGAUUGGAGUUGGAAGUAUUAGACAAACUACUCACUGAUUAUCGUCUUAAAUCGAAACACGUUGUGACUGAAAAGCAGCCAUAUUGGACAAUGCUUUAUACUGUACCUACGUUUAACAAUCCAAAGGGGAAAUGUCUACCUGCAGAGAAGUGCAAGAAACUGGUUGAAAUUGCCAGAAGACGUGAUAUCUUUGUUGUCUGUGAUGAUGUAUAUAAUUUGUUGUCAUAUAUACCUAAUGACAAACCUGGUGAGAAUCUCCUACCAGCACCAAUGCGAUUGUUUGCUUACGAUAAAAAACAAGACGUGGACUAUAAAGGCAAUGUAGUGUCUAACUGUUCCUUUUCCAAGAUUUUGGGACCAGGAAUGAGAAUUGGAUGGCUUGAAGCUCCACAAAGAUUGCUCAAUAUUCUCAGAUUUUCAGGCUUAAUGUGUGGUGGUGGUGGGUUCAAUAAUUACACCUCGGGCAUCAUAGCAAGUGUAUUGGAAACUGGUAUGAUGUCACAACAUAUAUUGUACUUGCAGGAGAAAUACAAA